AUGACUACUCCUGCGCCUGAAACAGGCGCACUCACUCCGUCAGAAGACUGCAACGUGUCCCGUCUAAGCGAUGUCACUCCGCCUGCAGAGUACGGUGGGCUCCGCACGGGCGCUCACUACGCGAGCCUAGUCCUCUCGUCGAUGCUGGGCACGCUCAUCCGGCUCGGCCUCAACGCGAUCGGCGACUACGACGGGAGUGUCAUCUUCCCGCUUGCGUGGGCUCAGGGCGUCGGCUGCGGGAUCAUGGGGCUGGGUGCCGCGCGCAGGGCAGAGAUCGCCUGGAUAUACCCGCCCAUCACAACAUUUGUGACUACUGGGAUCGCAGGCUCUACGACAACGUUCUCCUCCUGGAUGAUUGAGGGCUUUGAGGCGUUCGCGGAUACGCCAACUGGGCCAUUCCAAAAGACAGUGAACGGCGUCGCUUACUCGCUCGCGACGUUCGCUAUCUCGUACGCUGGAGUGGUGCUGGGCGAGCAUGUGUCGGCUUUUCUCCCUGCGCUCCCGCGCCCGCGUCUGCCGCGCCACAGGCGCCUCUCUCCAGCACCCCUCGCCGACGCAUUCAUGUUCUUCCUCGCUGUCGCCUCGUACGCCGGUGCGCUGGCGAUGUAUUUCGCUGCACCCAGGAGCUGGCGGGAGCGCACGGUGUUUGCGCUCCUCCUCUCCCCGCCUGGCGCAAUGAUCCGAUACGCUCUGUCGAAGCUCAACGUGCGGGCGCGUUUCGUGGGCCGAUUCCCGAUAGGCACGUUCAUCGCGAAUAUCGCCGCGACGCUGGUCAUUGGUGGGGCGUAUGCUGCAGGACAUCGUCCGGCAAUCGUGGUGGCGUGCGACGCGGUGAACGCUCUUCAAUUCGGGUUCUGUGGGUGUCUCUCCACCGUCAGCACUUUCGUCGUUGAAGCGCGCAUCCUCCGGCGCAGGUGGGCCUGGGUGUACGUCCUCAGCAGCGUUGUGGUUGGGCAUCUCAUGGUUCUUGCUACAGCCGGGGCCGUGCGAUGGAGCUUAGGUUACACCGGCGUGUGUACUGGGAGCGACUCAGUAGCAGGGUAG